AUCGCCUUUGCUGCAACCCAAACAAACCCAGAACCCAAAACUGUCUCUUACGCUCACUCCAUUCUCAAUCGGAUCGAGAGCCCUAAUGGGUUCACUCACAAUUCCGUCAUCAGGGCUUAUGCUAAUAGCUCUACCCCUGAGAUGGCUCUAGUCGUGUUUCGUGAUAUGCUUCUUGGCCCUGUUUUCCCCGAUAAGUACAGCUUCACGUUCGUUUUGAAAGCUUGUGCUGCGUUUUGUGGGUUUGAACAAGGAAGGCAAAUUCACGGUCUUUUUAUGAAGAGUGAUCUGAUGACUGAUGUGUUUGUGGAGAAUACUUUGGUUAACGUUUACGCGAGAAGCGGUUACUUUGAGAUUGCACGUAAAGUGCUCGACGAAAUGCCUGUGAGAGAUGCGGUUUCGUGGAACUCGCUGUUGAGUGCUUAUCUUGAAAAGGGUUUGGUAGAAGAAGCUCGUGCGUUGUUUGAUGAGAUGGAGGAACGGAAUGUGGAGUCUUGGAAUUUUAUGAUUUCGGGUUAUGCUGCUGCGGGUUUGGUUAAGGAAGCCAAGGAGAUUUUUGACUCUAUGCCGGUGAAAGAUGUGGUUUCUUGGAACGCUAUGGUCACUGCUUAUGCUCAUGUGGGUUGCUACGACGACGUUUUAGAGGUUUUCAAUGAGAUGCUGGAUGUUUCAACAGAGGAACCAGAUGGUGUUACUCUUGUUAAUGUUUUAUCUGCGUGUGCUAGUCUUGGUUCCUUGAGUCAAGGUGAGUGGGUACAUGUUUACAUAGACAAGCAUGGGAUUGAGAUUGAAGGGUUUUUGGCUACAGCUCUUGUGGAUAUGUAUUCUAAAUGUGGGAAGAUUGAUAAGGCUCUUGAAGUGUUUAGAGCUACUUCAAAGAGAGAUGUCAGUACAUGGAACUCGAUCAUCUCGGGUUUAAGCGUCCAUGGUCUUGGAAAAGAUGCUUUAGAGAUCUUCUCAGAGAUGGUCUAUGAAGGUUUUAAACCAAAUGGUAUUACAUUUGUUGGUGUUCUGUCUGCCUGCAAUCAUGUGGGGUUGUUAGACCAAGCUCGCAAUCUUUUUGAAAUGAUGAAUAGUGUUUACGGGGUUGAGCCAAGUAUUGAACACUAUGGUUGUAUGGUUGAUUUGCUUGGUCGGAUGGGUAAAAUUGAGGAAGCAGAGGAGCUUGUGAAUGAGAUUCAAGCAGAUGAGGCUUCGGUUUUACUUGAAUCUCUCCUUGGUGCCUGUAAAAGGUUUGGACGAUUGGAACAAGCAGAGCGUAUAGCAAAUCGGUUACAGGAAUUGAAUCCACGUGAGAGUUCAGGUUAUGUUCAGAUGUCAAACUUGUAUGCCUCUAAUGGGAGAUGGGAUGAGGUUAUGGAGGUGAGAAGAAAGAUGAGAGCAGAAAACGUAAACAAGAAGCCUGGAUGCAGCAUGAUUGAAGUUGACGGGGUUGUUCAUGAGUUCUUAGCUGGUGAAGGACUAAGAAUCGACUAAAACUUGGUUUCAAGUCAGAAGAACCGCUUAACUUUGAAAACCAAGAAAUAGGAGGAGCACGAGACAACCCGGAAGAAGAAGAAGAAGAUGAAGAAGAAACAGGUUUCUUCCUUCCCCAUCUCAUCAUUCCAAACGAUCGAAGAAUGUGAAAAAGUUUGGUGCUGUCUUUGUUAACCGUGUUUCUUAGGCUUAUAGACUAUGAAGAGAUGUAUAAAAAAUGAAGGGAUGUAUCUAGAGCUUACUGCUGUAAUAUUGUUAGGUCGUUGUGUUUAAUAGGGAGAGGAACUUUAACGGGUAAAAGCUAGUUGCAGUUUGAAAAAAAGAACCAAACCCGCCUGAAGAAUCCUGUGACCACUUUUAGCCUAGUUAACUUUUUCUUUUAUUGGUUCUGUUAUCUCUGGGUACGUUCUGGAAUUUAUAACAAAGUGGGGGACCAGUUUUAUCAAUCAAAAACCAAACUUCAUUGA